GGCCGUGCGAGACUGCCUGAGGAGGAUGGAAGAACCCGGAUUUCCUCAUCCAAGUAGAAGUCCUUGGACACCGGCUACAUGCUAAUCAUCAUCAGUAGCAAAGAUGAUUUCCAUUUCCUGCCAUCAGAUAUCCUUCCUGCCAAAUAGCUUUUUCUCUGCCAGAAAGUGAAGAGGGAGACGGAAUGCGAACUCCAUGACGUCAAGUGCUACCCAUCUCCUUCCGGGGGUUCUUAUAGACAUUAGUCGAUCGUGCUGCCUUCUUGUUUUCCUUUUGUCCUUCUACUGAGGAUAUACCCCCGGCGCUACCUACAAAUGCCGAUCCUCUUCCACCUCGUGAACCUCUCUAUCCUACUUGACUAGUUAUUGCUUAUUUUGUAUACAUACGGAAUUUAUCCCUUCCCUAAUUUGCCUGGAUCGCGUCUAUUCAAUCCCUUGGACAGCUCUUCUUGCCACCCAAGUCCGGAUAUCAAUUGACAUAUGCUUUUAAUUCUUCAAGUCUAAUACUAUUCCUUACGUAUCGAAGCUAUUGCUGAGAGACGUUUUUCAAAAUGCCGAAAACCAACGUUGUCAAUAAGCCUUUAGACCCCGAACAGAGGGAAAGGGAUAUUAACCGCAAAUUGCAAGUCUAUGGCAUAUAUUCGGCGUUCAAAAGAGGAAAAGUGCCAUCAAACAAACAGAUUGAUAUUGCAUUAAACAGUGUGCUACAAUCUAAACCUUUUACUUCACCGUCAACCAAACUCUCCGAGGAAGGUCGCGUGGUCGUACAGGACGUUCGCAAUGUUAUCAAUAGCGCCAAGAAUCUCGUCCUAGUUAAAAAUGAAGGGAACCUUUUGCAGGAGUUCAUUUGGGAUGCCGAGAACUUCCAGCGCCCUCAAGUGGAAACUCCAGAGAAGCCAGUAGACAGAGAGGGUGCCAAACAACACGGUCAGCAAGUCGCCGAGGGUUUGAAAACCUUGGGGACGCUUUUGGUGACCAAUGGCGAAUUCAGAAAGCUCCUUAGCGAUGCCACUCUCCUCCUCCGUGAUAUAGCUGGUGACACGGCCCAAAAGGCCGCAAACGUCGUGAGGCCUUCCGAGGAUAGGCUUGCUCAAAUCGACCAACCAGCUCCUGAGGGUGUGUGGCAUGAAAAGCCCGAUAUGUCCAAGGAGGGCAUCAAAGCCCGAAUGAAAACGAAGACUCAAAAGGACAAGGAGGCCCGCAAAGGAGCGGCUAAAGAAGCAGGGCCUGCUGAGCAGAACGGAACAGUCGAUGGUGCUGUAACUGAAGAGGCCAAAUCCCGUAGGCGCGAGGCUACUGAACGCACUAAAGAAUUCCUCGCUUCAAAGAUGCCGAAAGAGCGUCGAGAGCAAACCGUGUGGCGAGUGAAGAAGAUGAUUGUGGAGAUCCAGGGACACUCUGAUUACCAACAUGCCAUUGAAACUCUGCUGUCAGUAGCAGAAACAUAUACCGGCCACACCAAAUCCUUAUCCAAGCAGGGAGCAGGAACGUUGAAGGGUGCAAGGGAAGAGUCCGAUCUCCAGAAAUUGGAAACCAAGCUUAGAACACUCCUCGAGCGCUCUGCCAACUCCACAUCUCUUGAUGACGUGUUCGAGGCUGUUAAUAAGAUCUAUAAAGAUGCCGACAGUGAUCCUCGACUGAGAGAGUGGUUCAAAUCCGUGAAUUUAUUUACUCGCCGCUGUCUCCAGGAGCAAGGAUUCGUCUUGCAGGAAGAGUCGAACGAAGAGUGGAAGAGACUUUAUGAUGAGGGUCACUACCUGCUCCGAGACCGUUAUCGAGACGACAGCAAUCGCCUUGUGGGCGAGGUCAAGUUUAUCGGCGAACAAUUUGAUCAGGAUCCUCUUAACAGAGAUUUUGCUCAAUCUCUGCAGCGGCUUUGGACGAAUCUUGGAACUGAUAUGCAGGGAAGGGUUGUCUUCAAGAAACAUCUGCUUAAAGACUUUGCCAAUGUGGUGGUCCCAGGGAUCUUUGAAAACCUUCAUUACAUUCCUAUCCCACGCAUUGAAGUGUCUGAUCCGAUGAUAGAUUUGAUCGUGGAAAACCUUGCCGUCGAAACCGAUAACCUGAUGCCCAAUGUGCUCGAGUUUGGUAGCGAUAAUUACUGGCGUUGGGGACGCAAGAAAAUCACCAACAAGCACGACAACAAAGUGAUGAUCUCCGCCACAGGAGUCCAAACUGACUUGAAGGAUGUGAGUUAUUACGUACGGAAGAAGAAGGGAUUUCCAAGAAUUUCGGAUGUCGGUAUCAUGAAUAUCUACCUAGGCGGCGAAGGUUUCAGUUUUAAAAUCGUUGGAUCAACCUCCCAAGCAGAGGAUAGGCAACAUUUCAUCAAACCUGAAAUCGUCGAUGUCACAAUCAAAAACUUUGAUGUGAAACUGAAGAAAUCCAAACACAAGCUUCUCUUCACUAUGUUUAGGCCCCUUCUGUUCAAGGUCAUGCGUCCAGCCAUCCAGAAGGCGGUAGAAAAGCAAAUUCGCGACUCAUUCACGAAGGGGGAUGCUUUCGCAUAUGAAAUCUACAACGAGGCUCAACGUACCCGAGAGGCCGCUCGAAGUGAUCCCGAAGACAAACGUAGCAUGUACGCACACUAUCUUGCAGCAACACGGAAGAAAAUGGCAGAAAGAAAGGAGGAGGCACGGAAGAAGGCGGAGGCUAAACCGAAGAGCGAGACCAAAGUCAACAUGGCCUUCACCCAGCACGAUUCUAUCUUCAAGGGAAUUGAACUACCCGGAGGCAUCUCCACCAAAGCCACUGAAUACAGAGAGCUCGCCGAGAAGGGAGAAAGAUGGGAGUCACCUGUCUUUGGAAUCGGUAGUGCGUCCGAGAGCAGCAGCUUACCGACACUUGCUCCGAUCACACGCAAACCGCAUCAGAUUGUCGUCAAGACUCGUGAGCAAGAGGCAGCAGAGCGUGCUGCUGCAGAACCUGCUACUACAGAACCUUCUGCUCCCGCGCCUCAGCCUCUAACCACCUAUCCGUCACUCUCCACCGCUGCUGGUGAAGCUACGCUCAACGGCCCUCACACGAUUCCUGGGACCAGAGCCCCAGUUUAAAACAGUAAAUACUGACAGGCAAGGAGUCGAAAAAUGUCUUCCUUUCGGACGUCAUUCUACCUCAGGAAUGGGCCGACUCAAAUUGAUAUACCCUCUUUUUGCAAUGUGCUUUUGUGUUGAAGUGUUAAUUUUCGAUGAUACCACGUUUAUUCGUAUAACUAAUAUGAGGAGCAGAGGCACGGAGUAAUGAAUGAUCGUGGGCUGCAUGGAAUAUGUUGAUUAUGUACUGUACAUUGCCUUUAUAUAGUCGUUCAUUGAAAUGGAAAUUCCUCUCUAUAUGC